CAGCAACGACGAGGAGUAACAACCACACCUUCCCUCAUCCUCCCUCGCCUUGCUCAACACUCACACCAUGGCGACAUCAAAGAUCCCCGCGCCCUCCAACACGGGCUUCGACUUUGGAAACUAUGCCCGUAACGAGUUCCUCGGCGCUCGCCUGAACGGCGUCGCAAAGGCCACCUCGACCGGUACUACCAUUGUCGGCCUCAAGUUCGGCGGCGGUGACACUGGUGACGAGCCCGGUGUCUGCCUUGGCGCCGACACGCGUGCCACCGGCGGCCCCAUUGUCGCUGACAAGAACUGCGAGAAGAUUCACUACCUCACUCCAUUGAUCAGGUGUUGCGGUGCCGGUACGGCUGCUGACACUGAGUUUGUCACCAACCUCAUCUCGUCCAACCUCGAGCUCCACGCUCUGUCGCAGGGAAGGCCAGCACGAGUUGUUACUGCCAUGACCAUGCUCAAGCAGUACCUCUACCGCUACCAGGGUCACGUUGGUGCCCACCUCGUCCUCGGUGGUGUCGACUCGAGCGGACCUCAGCUCUUCACCGUCCACGCGCACGGCUCAACUGACAAGCUCCCCUACGUCACCAUGGGCUCGGGUUCGCUCGCUGCCAUGGCCGUCUUUGAGGCGCACUACAAGGAGAACCUGACUCGCCAGGAGGCCAUCGACCUCGUUGCCCGUGCCAUCCGCUCCGGUGUCUUCAACGACCUGGGAUCGGGUUCCAACGUCGACGUCAGCAUCAUUGACAAGAACGGUACCGAGACGCUUCGCAACUACGAGAUGCCCAACGAGCGUGGUGUCAAGUCACGCAACUACAAGUUCAGGCGCGGAACGACCGCCUGGCUGAAGGAGAACGUCCGCGACCUCAUCGUGUCGGAGGAGGUUCGCGGAACAGUUGGCGCUGGUGCCGCGCAGCCGGGAGGCGGCACCGUCGAGGCUGUGGCCGUCGGCGCCGGCCCUGGCGGCGAAGAGGGCAUGGAGGUCGAUGCAUAGGGCCCCAGCCGCUAGCACAGAGUAUAGUAGAGCGUCAGAUGCAUGUAUACAAGCAGGA